AUGCGGCAGGCCUUCAGCUUCGGCGCCGAGGGCGGCAGCAGCGGCAGCGGGGGCGCCAGCGGCCCUGACCAGCAGGCGGAGGCGGCCUGGGAGGCGGCCAGCAGCCUGUCGGCCCAGGCGACGGAGAUGGCGGAGGGAGGGGAUCUGGAUGGCGCCAAGCGGGUGCUGAGGGGGCAGCUGCCGGAGCUGGUGGACAAGUAUGGCGCCGACGACCCGUCGGUUGGGCUCAUCCACAACCAGCUCUCCCUGUGGGACUUCUUCGACGGGGCAAGUGAACCAGCAGAGGCGCCGUCGCAGCAGGCAGCGCCAGCGAGCCGGACCGACUAUGGCGAGGCUGUGGACCAGGCACGCGCCGCGCACCAAGUGUGGGCCAAGCAGGCGGGGGAGGACAGCCCGGCGGCGGCCUUCCACGGCAUCCGCCUCGGCAUGGCCCUGGCAGCCGACGGGCGGCCCGAGGAGGCGUUCCCACUGCUGGAGCAGGGGCUGACGGUUGCGGUGGACAACUUCAACCAGCACCUCUCCAAGCUGGAGCAGCUGCAGCCGCUGGCCGAGGACGGCGAGGCGGCGGCAGAGGGGGCGUCGGCGGCAGACGACGAGGCCAUGGCGGCGCGGGCGCAGCAGCAGCAUGUGUCCCUCGUGAUGCUGGACAACCUGGGCAGGGCGCUGCAGGAGGCCAAGUUCUACCGUGCCCUCAGCUUCCUCGGCGUGUCUGGGCGGGAGAUGGAUGCCACGUGGGAUGACAAGGGGGCGGGCGCCGCGUUCUUCCUGCAGCAAGAAAUGAGCGAUGCGGUGACGGACAUGCUGCGAUGGGUGAUGCCUAACCACCCGACUGUGCAGCUGGUGGCGCAGUGCGAGAAGGUGGGGCUGCGGAGGCUGCAUGACGACCUCCAGAUCCACGGCCAGCGGCUGCAGGACCUUGUGCACGAGGCCACCAGCUCCAAGGACGGAUGA